AUGAAUUACUGUCAGUUUGUGGAAUUUGUGGGUACCACCUUACUCAAGGAGAGAGAAAAUGAUGAUGGUGACAACACUAACCAGGAAGUUUUCUGUCUGCAAAAUGAAGAAUUGGCCUUCGUUAUCUUUAAAGUCCUUCCGACUGAGGUCCCAGAGUCCUUCUCCCAGUGUCAGCAGCGCUGGGCCUCGGGUUCCAUCAUUAAGGAGUAUGAACGUGCUGUUGUAUUCCGACUGGGACGCAUCCAAGCUGACAAAGCCAAAGGGCCAGGUUUGAUCCUGGUCCUGCCCUGCAUAGACGUGUUUGUCAAAGUUGAUCUCCGAACUGUUACUUGCAACAUUCCUCCACAAGAGGAAACUCAAUCAAGACUCAACAAUGAUGUCUGCAUGCCGCUGGUAGGAACAGCAGUCCUUACUUUAGGAUUCACCCCAGCCAUGAGAGAGCUCGGGAUGCUCAGUGACCUAUCGUGGGCCUUUUCUGGCUCCAUGCACUUUGUCUAUGGUUGUGAAAGUCAUAAACAUGUGAUUUUCUCUGUACUUGCUCUCCAGAUCCUCACCAGAGACUCUGUGACUACUCAAGUGGAUGGAGUUGUCUAUUACAGAAUCUAUAGUGCUGUCUCGGCCGUGGCUAAUGUCAACGAUGUCCACCAAGCUACGUUUCUGCUGGCUCAGACCACUCUAAGAAAUGUCUUGGGGACACAGACCUUGUCCCAAAUCUUAGCUGGCAGAGAAGAGAUCGCCCAUAACAUCCAGACGAUACUUGAUGAUGCCACCGAGCUGUGGGGGAUCCGAGUGGCCCGAGUGGAAAUCAAAGAUGUCCGGAUUCCUGUGCAGUUGCAGAGGUCCAUGGCAGCUGAGGCCGAGGCCACCCGGGAAGCAAGGGCCAGGGUCCUUGCAGCAGAAGGAGAAAUGAAUGCUUCUAAAUCUCUUAAGUCAGCCUCCAUGGUGCUGGCCGAGUCCCCCAUAGCCCUCCAACUGCGUUACCUACAAACCUUAACCACCGUGGCCACAGAGAAGAAUUCCACGAUUGUGUUUCCUCUCCCCAUGAAUAUACUCGAGGGCAUUGGUGGUGUCAGCUAUGAUAACCACAAGAAGGCUCCCCACAGAGCCUGAGGCCCUCCUGAUGCAGCCAGCCUUGGCUUAGGGAGUCUUUCCUGUGAAGAAGCCAGCAGUUAGAAGUGCUGGGAAUUUCAGCACUAUUCAAGCAGAGUAAUCCACAGCUAGAAUAGCAUCAGCAGGGAAAUGCUAUAGAGGCUACCAAAAAAAAAAAAAAAAAAAAAAUGAGGGCUGUGUACUACUUUUAUUUUUAAGAACAUAAACAACUUUGCAUUAUUCUUGUAAUACUCAGUAACCGUCCCUAACUUACAGCAGGAACUUGCUUGCAGCCG